ACCCCCACACUAUCUUCCCCCACUCAUCACAUCUCUGCAUUCUCAUUUUUAUUUUCAUUUCUCUCCUUUCAUCUCUCUCUAGGGUUUUAAAAAUUCUCUCCUCAAAUCCCUUCAAUGGCUGCAGAGGAUGUGAAGAAUGGAACCACAACAAAAGCAAACACUCAGGUGGCAUUUUCGUCGCUGAAACCGAUGGUCUACGUCGAGGCACAGAAGGCGAACGACGCCGUUCUUUUUUACAAGACGGCGUUUGGGGCAGAAGAGGUCAAUCGAGUGUCGCAGCCAAAGAGGAAGGCCGAUCAGGAGCUCCCUGUUGUUGUGUCCGCGGAGAUUAAGGUGGCUGGAAGUACUUUCAUCGUCAAGGACCUCUCCGAUGACACCCCCGCUCCAGUAAAGGGUGGUACUGGAAGCGUGUUCAUUUUGGAGACCCAGGACCUUGAGGCUGCGUUGGAGAAAGCUGUCAAGGCCGGUGCGGUGAAAGAAGGUGAAGUAGCUGAAGCUGAUGGCGCGUUCGACGGUGGGCGCGUGGGGAAGGUGAAGGAUCCCUACGGCAAUCUCUGGGUGUUGAGCUCUCCUGCUGCCGCAAAGGCUGAUGUGGAGGCGUGAGCAUCGUCGGAUGUGUUCUGUUGGCUAGCUUUUACUGUUCUAGUAUGCAGGCGUAGGCUAGUGGUAAAGUUAAGUAUUUUGGUGUUUAAAUGGAUGGUUGAAGUUGAACUUGGUAGACAGCUGGUGGUUUAUGCUUUUGCCAUAAAUUUUAAGUACUUUGAUCUUUAUUCUUAA